AAGACAGAAAGAAGUUUGUGUUUGUGCUUAAAGAAAGCAGAAAAAGAAGCGGUGAAAUCAGAUACGAAUCAAGAAACGCAAAACUACCAAACUUUGAAAUUAAUACGCUAACAAAAUCAUACUCUAAAUUAUUAAAAAAAAAAAAAACGAUUUUGAUGUGAAAUAGGCAGAGUGUGAAGAUAUAGUAGCCAAAUAUUUUCGUCGUCAUUAUAUACUUGGAGCCAACUGUCACUUUGUGUGCGUAUAUUGUAGUGAUUCCUUUAAAGACAAAUCACUCUGCUUUUGCUGCUCUGUGACCACCACAUUGCUGCUUCUUGGUGGACUAUAUAUAUAUAUAUAUAUAUAUAUAAUUUCUUUCUUCUCACAGUAUCAUAUUGCUUGCUCAAUAUUUUCUGAGACUAUUAUUUAUUUAUUUUCUCUUUCUGUGUCUUUCCCUUGAGAGAAAAUAUGGAGGCUAGCUCAGCUUCCAACUGGGUUCUGCUCUGCAUUUUGUUGUUUCUAGGUCUCAAGUUGACACAUUGCAAAGUUUCCUAUGAUAAUAAGGCUCUUAUCGUUAAUGGGCAGAGGAAAAUUCUCUUUUCUGGCUCCAUACACUAUCCCAGAAGUACCCCUCAGAUGUGGGAAGGUCUUAUACAGAAGGCUAAAGAUGGUGGUUUGGAUGUUAUAGACACCUAUGUGUUUUGGAAUCUUCAUGAACCUUCUCCUGGCAAUUAUAAUUUUGAGGGGAGGAAUGAUUUAGUUCGGUUCAUCAAGACCGUCCAAAAAGCAGGGCUCUAUGUGCAUCUUCGUAUUGGGCCUUAUAUUUGUGCAGAGUGGAACUUUGGUGGGUUUCCAGUUUGGCUGAAGUAUGUUCCAGGCAUUAGCUUCAGAACAGAAAAUAAGCCUUUCAAGUCAGCAAUGCAAAAAUUUACCCAGAAAAUUGUCCAAAUGAUGAAGGAUGAAAAGUUGUUUGAGUCUCAAGGUGGCCCCAUUAUACUCUCUCAGAUUGAGAAUGAGUAUGAACGAGAAGCUAGGUCAUUUGGAGCGGCUGGUCGUUCAUACAUGAAUUGGGCUGCAAAUAUGGCAGUUGGAAUGGAUACUGGGGUCCCGUGGGUUAUGUGCAAGGAAAACGAUGCUCCAGACCCAGUGAUAAACACUUGCAAUGGUUUUUAUUGCGACUAUUUCACUCCAAACAAACCUUACAAACCCAAUCUCUGGACUGAGGCUUGGACUGGCUGGUUUACAGAAUUUGGUGGCCCAAUUUACCAAAGACCCGUUAAGGACUUGGCAUUUGCAGUUGCUCGGUUCAUUCAAAAGGGAGGUUCCUUGGUAAAUUAUUACAUGUACCAUGGGGGAACCAACUUUGGAAGAACUGCUGGAGGACCUUUUAUCACUACCAGUUAUGACUAUGAUGCUCCUAUUGAUGAAUAUGGGUUGAUCAGAGAACCUAAGUAUGGCCACUUAAAGGAGCUUCAUAAGGCCAUUAAGCUAUGUGAAAAAGCUAUACUAAAUGCUGAUCCUACUGUCACAUCCUUAGGAAGCUAUGAAGAGGCACAUGUGUUCUCUUCCAAGUCAGGAGGCUGUGCAGCUUUUCUCUCAAAUUACAAUGUAAAGUCAGCCUCAAGAGUGACAUUCAACGGCAUGUCAUAUAAGCUCCCACCUUGGUCUAUCAGCAUCCUUCCAGACUGCAAGAAUGCUGUCUUCAAUACUGCCAAAGUUCGAGUUCAAACAUCCAAACUGCAAAUGCUGCCUACAGGUUUUAAGUUAAAUUCAUGGGAGACUUUCAAUGAAGACAUAUCUUCGGUGGAUGGUGAUACAACAACCACGGUUAAUGGUCUCUUAGAGCAGCUAAACAUCACCAGGGACACCAGUGACUAUUUAUGGUACACUACAAGUGUUGACAUAAGUUCAUCUGAAUCAUUUCUACGGGGAGGCCAACAUCCCACUCUAACUGUGCAGUCAGCAGGAGAUGCUAUGCAUGUCUUUGUCAAUGGACAGCUUUCAGGAUCGGCUCAUGGAACUAGGGUAAACAGGAGAUUCACUUUUACUGGAAAUGUUAAUCUGCGAGCUGGAAUAAAUAAAAUUUCACUGCUCGGCAUAGCUGUUGGAUUGCCGAACAAUGGUCCACACUUCGAGGAACAAAACAUAGGAAUUCUAGAACCAGUUGUUCUACAUGGACUAGACAAAGGAAAGAGAGAUUUAUCAUGGCAAAGAUGGUCAUUCAAGGUUGGGCUAAGAGGAGAAACCUUGAAUUUAGAUUCUCCAAAUUCCAUCUCAUCUGUCGAGUGGAUUAAAGAGUCCUUCGUAACACAUAUUCAGCAGCCCCUGACAUGGUAUAAGGCCUAUUUUGAUGCACCCAGAGGAGAUGAGCCUUUGGCUCUGGACAUGAGUAGUAUGGGAAAGGGUCAAGUAUGGAUCAAUGGGCAAAGCAUUGGAAGAUAUUGGACUAAAUAUGCUGAAGGUAACUGUGGUGCUUGCAGUUACUCUGGAACAUUCCGGCCUCCAAGGUGCCAAUAUGGUUGUGGCCAUCCAACUCAACAAUGGUAUCAUGUGCCUCGGUCUUGGUUAAAGCCAUCUCAAAAUCUACUGGUAAUUUUUGAGGAACUUGGUGGGGAUGCAUCAAAGGUUGCUCUCGUAAAAAGAUCAGUUACAACUGUUUGUGCCAAGGUUUCUGAUCAACAUCCUAGCAACUGGCACAAUGAGAGCAUCAGCCAAGAAGAAGAGCUAAUGAAGCCUAUGCUUAGCUUACAUUGUACAGACGGGUACUCCAUUUCUGCUAUUAAGUUUGCAAGCUUUGGAACUCCAUCAGGAAGCUGUGGGAACUUCCAGCAUGGUACCUGCCAUGCUCCAGGCUCACGCGCUGCCUUAGAGAAGAACUGCAUAGGUCAACAGAGAUGUUUGGUGACGAUAUCCAGCAGUAAGUUUGGUGAAGACCCAUGUCCAAAUAUAUCGAAACAAUUAUUUGUGGAAGCUGUCUGUAAUCCUAUAGCUACUGCAAAGAUCACACCAGCUUUGAGGGUAUAAAAAGAAGUCCCCGGAGACGAUCUAAGUUCUAACUCCAUACAAACAUGUAGAGAAAUUCAUUUGAUAGACAUCACAUUUAGAUUUAUGCAAAUGUAAGUAAGGUCAGCCUAUGAUUGAUGUAGUUGCAGGCAUAAUGUUUGUAUACUUGACGCUUCAACACUGGUGCUUGUUAACCAAGAAAGAGCACCAGAAGCUAAAGAGAUAAGUAAUAUUGCAUUUAUCUUUGAAAGAAUGGUGAUUUUGAUUUUCAAAAA